AUGAGCUACGCUUCGCUUUCCGGUGGAUUCUACAUUGAUAAGUCGGCUCCUCCAGUCCUGGCCUGGCAAGGAUCUUCAUACCCACCCCCUCUUUGGGCGCUCGCGAUGCUUGAUAUGGCCAUCACGAAUACCAGCGUGGCUGUGUCUUAUGAGAACUUCAACAGCGGUUAUGCACCAAAAGAUUUCUAUCAAAGUCUCUUGGCUGUAUUUACCUGUCUCGGCUUCGUGCUAUUUCCUGGACUGUUCGCCCUAUACCCGACUCGUGAACGUGUUCAAGGCGUCAGGAAGAUGCAAUACUCCAACGGCAUUUUGAGCGKACCUCUCUGGACAGCGUAUGCGCUUUUCGACUUCUUCUUCUUACUUGUGAUUGCCGUGCUAUCGACAGUGAUUUGGUUGGUGACGGGAUACUCCUGGUAUGGAUUAGGAUACAUGUUCCUCGUCUUCCUCCUGUACGGAAUGGCCGCAACGGCAUACUCAUAUGUCAUCUCGCUCUUUGCACCAUCGCAACUGGCUGCAGUUGCAAUGACCUGCAUCGUCCAGGUGGUCGUUGUAAUGCUCUUCUUUGUGGGAUGCUUCCUGACAGUGGAUAUGGCUGACUUGAGUGUCAUCUAUAGCCAGAUGGAGAUUCUGUUCUACACCAUAGGCCUCAUCUGCCCCGCAGUAAGUUUACUUCGUGCCCUCUUGGUUUGCCUGAACGUCUAUGCAAUUUCGUGCCGAGGAUCAAGUCUUGCAUCGAACGGUGGCUCCAUGAGCCUCUACGGCGGCCCUAUUCUGUACCUCGUGGUGCAAUUCUUCCUACUCGUUGGCUUCCUGAUCUUCUGGGAAUCCGGACGAAGUUUGGAAGCAUUCGGCAUUCGACGUGGAUCUCAAAAGGCUGUCGCUUUCGCAGAAGACACCGAGAAAGACAGCGAUGCUGGGUCAGAAGAGAGAGACAUCAUCUCUUCAGAUGUAGCGGAAGAUAGGUACCGCUUAUCACCAUCCAACGGUGGUCUGCGUGUACAGCACAUCUCAAAAGCAUUUGGCCGGAAUCAGGCCGUCGACGACAUCAGCUUUGGAGUCUUGCCGGGAGAAAAGGCCGCUCUUCUCGGGCCAAACGGUGCGGGAAAGUCGACAAUGAUCUCGCUUAUCCGUGGUGAGCUCCGUCCGGACAACACAGUAGGCUCUGAGAUUCAUAUUUCUGGUGAUUCGCUGGCGAGCUCUCCCGUUGCAGCCWAGCAACACCUUGGAGUCUGUCCACAAUUCGAUGCGGUGGACUCCAUGACGCUCAGUGAGCAUUUACAUUUCUACGCGCGUGCCCGAGGAGUCACUGGCAAACAGAAGGAGGAAAACAUUCGAGAAAUCAUCCGCAGGCUUGGUCUUGAGGACCACAAGAAUAAGUUGGUGAAGAAGCUCUCGGGUGGUACCAAGCGAAAAUUGUCACUGGGUAUUGCCUUGGUGGGUAACCCGAGCGUUCUCCUCCUCGACGAGCCAUCUAGCGGAAUGGACGCAGCAGCCAAACGUGCCCUAUGGGGAACCUUGAAUGCAAUCUCAGCCGGCAGAUCACUAGUCAUCACAACCCAUAGCAUGGAAGAAGCCGACGCCCUUUGCGAUCGAGCCGCAAUCAUGGCCGGACGAAUGCUGGCCCUCGGAACCAUCUCCGAUCUACACAAACAGCAUGGCGACAAUCUCUACCUGCAGAUUGUCCACCAAAACGCCCCGCGAUCUUCGCCAGAAGAAAUGAAUACGCUUUGGAACUGGAUAGAGAAUACCUUCUUAAUCGCUGAGAAGGAGAGAAUUGUAGGCGGACAAGCUCGAUUCGCCAUUGCUAUUAGAAGGGAUCCUUCCUCCCCGGCGAAUCUGUUGGAUGGAAGUAAUAUGGCGCGGUUGUUCACUGCUAUUGAAGCUAGUAAGGAGACUUUGGGGAUUCGGGAUUAUAGUAUUGGAAAUGCUACGCUGGAACAGGUCUUUUUGAAUGUCGUUUCGAGACAUGGUGUUGAUGAGGAGAACUCUCGUCCUGUUGAGCGGAAGAGUGUGCUGAGGCGUGUGAUGGGUCGGUAG